AAUCUUUCCUUUGCAGAGUCCGCAGAGUAUUAGUCGCGUAACAUCUCAUUUUACCUACUAAUAAGGUUGUGAAAAAUCAAUAGUAAAAAUAAAAACAAAAUGGUGCGACUGACAAAAGAAAAGAUCCAGUUCUGGAAAGACAACGGUUUCAUCAAACUGAAGAACAUUCUCACGAAGCAAGAACUAGCAACAAUAUCUAAGGAGUAUGACAGAAUAUUCAGGUUGAAGAACAACCCUGGCAUGGAAGCGGCUUGGGAAGGCAACGAAAUGAAGAAAGCUGCUGAAAACAAUGAAUACUCAGUACACUCCAUCCAUAAUCUACAGUUCCAUAGUGCAGUAUUUGCCCAUUUCCUCCAUAACAACAACAUGCUAGAAGCCCUAGAAGACAUUAUGGGUACUCCUAAUAUCCUUCUUCAUCACACGAAGGCCCACGAUAAACCGCCAGGUAGAGGAGCUCCAUACCUAAUGCACCAGGAUUACCACUACUUUCCUUACAAGAAACAUUCCAUGGUUGCUGCUUUCUUAUGUGUUGACCCUGCUACUCCUGAGAAUGGUGGUCUUUGCGUUUACCCCGGGUCCCACAAACUCGGUCCUCUUGAAGAUGUUGGCUACAAAGGUGAUGGUAUUGACCAUACCUAUCAUUAUAUGGACCCGAAGAAGUAUCCUAUAGAAGGAGCGACGCCUGUAGAGUGUGAAGCUGGUGAUAUCGUCGUGUUUUCGUAUCUACUGCUUCAUGGUAGCUAUAGGAACGUGUCGGAAAGAUCUAGACGAAUGUUUCUCAUUCAACUGAUGGCAGCUGAAGAUGAACCUGUAGAGGAUGUCCAUAAGAGUCCUGGUCAAGGAUGGGUGUUGAGAGGAAGCAACGACAACAGAAAAGCUCAUAUGAGCGAAAGGUUCCUACAUUGAUUUGCCUGACAAAUUAAUUUAUGUUAACUUGUUAUUUGCUGAUAAGUAAAUACAAACUGUUUAAUUUGUAAUCCCUAUUCUAUUAUCGUUGCAUUACGUCAAUAAUAUCCUAAUGUACUAAAACAAUAUAUAGGUUAAAUGUUAUCAAAAACAGACACCAAUUAAUCUUUAACAAUUUAUUUGUAUUGUUUUUAUUAUAACAUUGAUGAACUUUA